GAAAUGGUGUGGUAAUUCAUCUACCUGGAUUAUUUGAGGAAGCAGAGAAAAAUGUCCAAAAGGGAAAAGGUAUGAAAGCCUGACUGCUUUGCCUGGUAACUGGUUUGUUUAUUGUAAAGUUUGUUGAAAAAUCUCACACCGGACAAAACAUUUUGUCUUAUGCUUUAAAUUUUUUUUUUUAAUGUUUAUUUAUUUUUGAGAGAGACAGAGCACGAGUGGGGCAGAGACAGAGGGAGACACAGAAUCUGAAGCAGGCUCCAGGCUCUGAGCAGAGCCUGACGCGGGGCUUGAACUCACGGAUGGUGAGAUCAUGACCUGAGCCGAAGUGGGAUGCUUACCGACCGAGCCACCCAGGCUCCCUUGUCUUAUACUUUAAAAUUGCAGGUUAUCGUAGGACAAAUGUUUUCAAUGUCGGUUACAUUUUAUUCAGUAUGAUCAGUAUUGUAAACAGAAGACAAACAGAAUAAGGUAAUUGUGUAAGCCCUGAUUUCUUGACACCCAGGUCAUCCAUAGAGUUUCUCUUCAAGCUCCUGGAAUCACUGUCCGUUCGCUGGUGGAGAAACUCCAGAGAUUCAUCAUCCCCACCUCCCAAACCAAACGUUAGCUUGUGGGAGUCAGGAAACCAGUGAGGUCCCCUUUGCACACAGUCAGUCAGUGUCGUUCCCGUGGGUUGUAUAACCCUGGGAUAAAACAGGGUUGUUUCUGUCCCUCCCUCCACAUGAGAGAGAUGCUCUUUCUAUGACAUGAUUCACUCCCAUCUCCUUAAGAACAAUUUUUUUAAAGCCUUAAUUUCCUGCCUUUGCUAAUCUCUUUGGGAUUUGUGGAAGUCUGUUUACAUUCAGUUUGGCUGCCUUGCUGGGCUUUGAGGGGCACUUGGCAACGCAAAUAAUAAAUACGCAGUUGAGGAAAAGCACUGUUUGCCCUUAGCCUGGCUCAUUGGAAAUACUCAAUUCGAUUUCAUUGUUCAAGUUUAAAAGUAGCAAUCCAACCUCAAGUGUUCCUGACAGUUCGAUGUGAUGUCACAGAAUCCUGGCUGCCUGCGGCUCUCAUCCCUCUUGGCUUCCCUGCAUUUUUACCUACGUGGUGCUGUCUCCUUUUAAAUUCUUUAAUCUUUUAAAAAUUUUUAAACUUUUAUUUAUUUUUGAGAAAGACAGAGCACGAGCAGGGGAGGAGCAGAGAGAGAGGGAGACACAGAAUCCGAAGCAGGCUCCAGGAUCUGAGCUGUCGGCACAGAGCCUGAUGCAGGGCUGAACUCACAAACCAUGAGAUCAUGACCUGAGCUGAAGUCAGACACUUGACCAACUGAGCCACCCAGGCGCCUCUAAUCCCACUUUUUAUAAUUGUCUUUUGGGAAAGGGUGCCAUUCCCCAAAUUAACUCCCUUUUCUUAAAAUUCUUCUCCUGCUCUGCAGCAAAUUCCCCCUCCCCUGCCUCUAACAAAAAUGACAUUUUCCCACCAUUUGCUUUUGGAUUCUUAGAAGUAUUUUAUGUGGCUCCGGCUGGCUUGAGUUUGAAGCGUUUUAGAGUUAAACAUUUAAAAAGAUAGAAUUUGUUCAUGAGUGUAUAUAUAAUGAAUGACUGGUCAGAACAUUCCUGUUAAAUAUGUAUCCCGUACAGAAGACAAGAUGUGUUAGUGAUUACUUCCGUGAAAAACACUUUGAAACAUUGUAUCCCUAAAGAAAUUAAGGUUUAAAAAUUAUACAAAGUGUUCAGUUAACUGUAUCUUUUUUCUCCUUCCCUCUAGGUCUGGAAGGCUGGGAAAAAAGGCUUAUUAUAUCCGACAGAGCUCACAUUGUAUUCGAUUUUCAUCAAGCAGCUGAUGGUAUCCAGGAGCAACAGAGACAAGAACAAGCCGGGAAAAACUUGGGUACCACAAAAAAGGGCAUUGGCCCAGUUUAUUCUUCCAAAGCUGCUCGGAGUGGACUGCGGAUGUGCGAUCUUGUUUCUGACUUCGAGGGCUUCUCUGAGAGGUUCAAAGUUCUGGCCAACCAGUACAAAUCUAUAUACCCCACUUUGGAAAUCGACAUUGAAGGCGAAUUACAAAAACUCAAGGGUUACAUGGAAAGGAUUAAACCAAUGGUGAGAGAUGGAGUUUACUUCCUCUAUGAGGCCCUACAUGGACCACCAAAGAAAAUCUUGGUAGAAGGUGCGAAUGCAGCCCUACUAGAUAUUGAUUUUGGAACUUAUCCUUUUGUGACCUCUUCAAACUGUACGGUUGGAGGUGUCUGUACCGGGCUGGGGAUGCCCCCUCAAAAUGUCGGAGAAGUAUAUGGGGUCGUGAAAGCCUACACGACUCGAGUUGGCAUCGGGGCCUUUCCUACAGAGCAGGACAAUGAAAUUGGAGAAUUACUACAAACAAGAGGUCGCGAGUUUGGGGUAACCACUGGAAGGAAAAGAAGGUGUGGCUGGCUGGACCUCGUUUUGCUCAAAUACGCUCAUAUGAUUAAUGGAUUUACUGCGUUGGCACUUACCAAAUUGGAUAUUUUGGACAUGUUUACGGAAAUCAAAGUUGGGGUUGCUUACAAGCUCGAUGGUGAAAUCAUACCUCAUUUCCCAGCAAACCAAGAAGUCUUAAAUAAAGUUGAAGUUCAAUACAAGACUCUCCCAGGUUGGAACACAGACAUAUCAAAUGCAAGGACAUUUAAAGAGCUCCCUGUUAAUGCACAAAAUUACGUUCGAUUUAUUGAAGAUGAGCUUCAAAUUCCAGUUAAAUGGAUCGGUGUAGGUAAAUCCAGAGAAUCUAUGAUUCAACUCUUUUAAGGACCUCCAGUGACACAAGAAACACUCCUUGAGGGGGGGGGAGAGGACUUUCUGAAAUACUUCAUUUAUGAUCUGCAAAUUUCGAGCAUAAAGACAUUAGAGUGAGUUUCGAGAAUAAAGACAUUGGAGUGAGUUUCAAGCCCUGCAGGUGUUCCCAGUCACUUAAGGCGGCUGGCUGGUGUGGAGAGAAACUUCGGCGCAGUCCAGGGUCCGCCGCCUUCGCUGGCAGAGUCGCCGAGUCACGUUUUCCUCCUGCUCACGGUGCCACCUUUUCCUUCAGUGUUUAGUCCUAGUACGAUCCAUGUUCGAAAUCUAAGAGAAUUCCUUCCAGUGUAGUUCUUCUUCAUGACUGUCGUUGUGCUUUGUUAGGUUUUACCUCUAUUAAAUGGUAAGAACAAUUAAUGCAGUUUUGCACAAAUAUUUUUACAUUCUGGUCAUUCAAUUUGUCAUUGUUAUCUUUGCUGUUAGAAAAAAAGGAUGAAAAGAAGGGUUCUGUAAACUUUUGUAAUGCUAUAAGUUCUGUUUAACUUGUGAACUGUUUAGUUUCUGCUGAGACCAUUGCAAAUUUGAGCUUUGGCGGGGGGGGGGGGGAGGGGGUUAUAUUCGUGUGUCCUUUAAUUUGUACAGAACACAAAACUUACUUCUCUCUGUAAAUUAUUUAAUACAUUGAACAUUUAAUUAAAUGUUUGGAGAAGGGCGUUCCCUAAGACAACAAUCUUAAUGUUAAAAAAAAAAAUUAGUCAUUAAAAGAUCAUUGUGCUAACUGGUGGAUAUUUUUCUUUAAUUUCAGGCAUUAACUCUGAAAUGUAUAGCUGUCGUUUUUUUUAUCUUACCAUUAUUUCUAAACCUAGUGGAUUGAUUUUUCAACAUUGUGCCUGCCGGUUUGCCUACAAAAUCAUCUAUAAGUGUCCAAAUGAAUUCAAAUUGUUGGUCAUAAUUUUGAUUGUGCCUUUAUUUUUUUCUUUCUUGGGAAAAAAAAGAGGUAAUGUUCUGACAAUUAGGCGUCAUGUAGUGUGUUGUAGAUUAUCCUCUGAUGAACUAUUUUAAAUGUUUAAAUUAGGUGCCACUUAAAUUUAUUUUAUUAUACCAUCAAUAGCUGAUUAAAAUGAACCAAAUAUUUCUAGUA